AAAUUAAAUAAGACAAAAAAAAAAAAAAACAACUACGCAAACUAAACUGAAAGGCAAACAAGGUGUGAAGACAUUGGUGGAUUGAGCAGAGAUAUCGAUUACUGUUUGGUGGCAUGGUUUCGGAGGAGAACUGGAACAGCGAUACCAUGUCCGAUUCGGACAUGAUCGACUCCAAGAACGAUGUGUGCGGCGGCGCCUCCAGCAGCAGUGGCAGCUCCAUUUCCCCGCGCACACCGCCCAACUGUGCGCGGUGCCGCAAUCACGGCCUCAAGAUAACGCUCAAGGGGCACAAACGCUAUUGCAAAUUUCGUUAUUGUACGUGCGAAAAGUGCCGAUUGACCGCCGAUCGUCAGCGUGUGAUGGCCUUGCAGACGGCGCUGCGACGCGCUCAGGCCCAGGAUGAGCAGCGUUCGUUGCACAUACAUGAGGUGCCCCCGGCAUCGGGUACGACGACGCCAACAUCGCUGCUUGGCGGCCAUCAUGGCCAUCACGGGCAUCAUGGGCAUCAUCAUCAUCAUGUGCAUGGCCCCGCCCAUGGCCACCCACAUGCAGCACAUUCGCAUCAUAGUCAAAGUCAUGGCCAUCACGCACAUGUGCUGCAUCAUCAGCAGGCAGCGGCUGUGGCAGCCGCAGCCGCAGCAGCGGCAGCAUCAGUAACAGCACCACCACAAGCACCACAUCAACAAACGCAGACACAACAGACGCAGCAACAGUCGCAGCAAGCGCAUUUAGGGCACGCCCAUUCGCACAGUCAUACACAUGUGCAUCACGCACAAAUGGCUGCCGCUGCAGCGGCCACAGUAGUGCAACAGCAACAGCAACACCACCAUCAGCAACAGCACCACAACAAUCAACAGACACAGCAGCAGCAGCAGCAGCAAACUCAUCAGGCUGCCUUAAGAUCUCCAUCGCACAGUGAUCCGGGUGCAGCUAGCAGCAGCUCAGCUGGUGGCGCCAGUUCCAGCAACAAUGUGGCACCUGCCACAAGCAGCGGUGCAACAGCAACUGCUGGUGGUGGUGGCGGUGUUACUAGUAGGGCCAGUGGUGCUGGCGGUGCUGGCAUCAGCGUAAUUACCAGCGUCGAUCAUCACAUGUCAACGGUGCCAACACCCGCCCAAUCCCUGGAGGGCUCCUGCGACUCAUCGUCGCCCUCACCAUCAUCCACAUCUGGCAACGCCGUGCUGCCCAUCUCCGUGUCAAGCACUCGCAAGAAUGUGCCACUCGGCCAAGAUGUUUUCCUAGACUAUUGUCAAAAGCUGUUAGAGAAAUUUCGUUAUCCGUGGGAACUGAUGCCGCUAAUGUAUGUGAUAUUAAAAGAUGCUGGCGCAGACAUUGAUGAGGCUUCACGUCGCAUCGAAGAGGCGCGUGUAGAUAUAAACCGAAUCGUGGCGCAAAUCUAUUACAACUACUACACCCCGAUGGCAAUUGGGCUGCACACGACAACGGCGCCCGUCUUCCUGACCUACCCCAACAUUGAGAGGUACAGCACCAAUUACACGCACCUGCCACUGCCCGAACCGCUCGCACUCAGCCGGACACCGCCCAGUCCGUCAUCAGCGGUGGCUGUCACAUCUCCCGCGUCCAAUGCUCAGCAGAAGCAUUCGCGACCCGCCAGCAGCAAUGGCACCGUCCAUUCCGCCGCCCAUUCGCCCACGCUGGUCACGACAGUGGGAACAAUGUCGACGGCCGGCAUUCAUCAUCAAUAUCAGCAUCCCCAUCAUCAGCAGCAGCAGCUGGAGCAGGAGCAGCGUUCACGUUCUGGGACACCGACAACGCCUCCGCCGGCGCACAGGAGCAGCAAUGGCGGCUAUCAUCAUCACCAUCAUCAUCAUCAUCAUGGCCAGCAUCUGGUCAGCUCAACGUCAGCGGCGGCCGUUGCAGCGACUGCAGCAGCCACGUAGCAGCAGUAUCGCAAUGUUGCCGCCGCUGCUGCGGCAGCUGCUGCAGCUGUACUCUUUGUCGAUAAUUGAAAAGACGAAAAAUAAAACAAAAUUAAAAACAAAAAUAGAAGCAGCACCAAAUAAACGAAAUCUUUUGGCUGGAAAUUGGACUCUGGUCAUCUGGAAGCGAAACUCGGCAACAAUUCCCAAGAUAGAAAUUAAUAAUAAUAAUAAAAUUAAUAUGCUAACGCUCUCACAUUGUUUACUCUUAAAACUAAUAAAUAUUAACAACUA